GUUGGUUACCAGUUGCUGAGUAAGAUCGCCUGCCCGUUGCGUUUCUUUCAGUCGCUCCAGAUGUCGACGGCCUGAGACAACGUUUGAAGUCAGUAAUUGAUUGUGUAGUGUACUUGUUUCUAUGGUAACAGUAACGGGUGUUUCGUUGCGAUCGUUAGGAAACUGUUGUAAAAUGUAUAUCUGCCUCGGUCCAACUGGUGCUGGAAAAACGUUAUUACUUAAGCGGUUGCAAAACAAAGAAGAAAUUGAUGUGACUUCGAGUACAGUCCCUACAGUGGGACUAAACAUCGUCCCAGUCAAAUUAUCGAGCCAAAAAGAAAUAACAAUAAGAGAAAUCGGGGGAAUAAUGGCACCAAUGUGGAGGAAUUAUUACCAGGGAGUGAAGAAAAUUAUUUAUGUAGUUGAUGCGAGUAAUUUAUGUCAAAUUUCAGCAGCGGGUGUGUUGUUGUACUCUAUUCUUGCAGAACCAUGUCUGAAACAUACGAAGGUGUUGCUUGUUCUAUCGAAAAUGGAUGCUUCAUACAGACAGAUGAGGAACGAGGCGUUACUUAUUUUGCAAUUAAAUCGGCUGAAAAAAGAAAUAACACAAGAGAUAACAGUUGUUGAAACGAGUUCAAUAACAGGUGAAGGAAUCGACAGAGUUAUGACUUGGUUACAAGGUGCCCGGCAACAGAAGAAAUAAAAUGUUAGCAGAAAUACUUUCCUUGCUCGGAUCUGUAUAGCAUUCCACAAUAAUGAGCACCAUGGACGGCCUAAAUGGCGAACUUUUACGUCUUAAUUGUUAUUAGAGCAGACAACAGGACAAUAAUUGAAAACAAGUGAAAGUGGUCAUAAAAUCCAUUUCAGUGUUAACACACCCACGAACUGAGUACUACGUAAUCAUGAUUGCGUGAGAAUUAAGUAUCAUAUAGUUUUGAGUCAGUAAAUAACAUACGGGCUGUAAUUGUGCAAU